AUGAGCGUCACAGUCAAAUCCAGGUCCAAAUCUUUGAAAGAUGUUGAGCUCCCAGCGGGAACCAAGUUUCUAUCGUCCGCGUUGAAAGAAAUCUCAACCAAAAACAAGAACAUCAACACCAACCGGAUCAGAUUGACCAUUCUUAAGGAAAACAAGCAGAUUCCAAUCACCUCUGACCAUGCUUUUGAAGAUCUUUCUGGUGCAGAGCUCUAUGCAAAGGACAUCGGACCUCAAAUCGGAUGGAGAUUGGUCUUUUGCAUGGAAUACCUGGGCCCUAUUAUCAUACACUCAAUUGUGUACUAUUUAUCCGCCAGACCUGAACUUAUGAAAUACCAUUGCAAAUCCCGUCCCUACAACCCAUUCAUCAGCAAAGUGGCUUACAUUUUGAUUGUUGCUCAUUACCUCAAGCGGGAAUUGGAAUCCCUGUUCUUGCAUCAGUUCGCGCAGUCAACCAUGCCACUUUUCAACUUGUUCAAAAACUCAUUUCACUACUGGGUUUUGAACGGUGCUAUCUCGUUGGGCUAUUUCGGAUAUGGCUUCUUGCUCAAAGACUUCACCGUUUUCAGAAUUUAUUCAGCUUUCAAGUUGGAUAAUUUUGGACUCAUACUGGCCUUCUUCAUUAGCUCUGAAUUUUGGAACUUCUACACUCAUUACAAACUUCGCCGCUGGGGUGAUGCUCAAAAAGCUAAAGGAAUCACCCAGCGUGUACCUCUUGAAGAUGGCCUUUUCAAGAUUCUUGUCGCACCCAACUACACUUUUGAAGUCGCGGCCUGGACUGCUUUCACACUAAUAUUCAAGCUCAACAUCUUCUCUGUUAUUUUCUUGCUCGUGUCGACCGUUCAACUAUACUUGUGGGCUGCCAAAAAGAACCAAAAGUACGGAACAAAGAGAGCCUUUUUGAUCCCUUUCGUUUUCUAG